CAACACCACCCAUUUCAAUUUAAAGCCUCAAACCCAAAAACCCAAAAAAACCAAGCCCACCAACUACCCAAAACCCAUUUAACCUAAAGAAAACCCCCAAAAAAAAAAAAAAAAAAAAAAAAAAACCAAUUUAACCAGAUUAAAAAAAAAAUGGAAAAGUCUUCCCCUCUUUGCAACCAGACCCUGCUUCCCCACCCUCUGCCCUGCGCCCGACCAAGCCCAGAUCCCUUGCUGUUGCACGAGCCUGCGCACUCCUGCGCACCACCGAGCCUGCACCCUUGUUGCUGUGCCGAGCCCAGAUCCUUGCCCUACGCCGACCUUGCCCAGAUCUCCUCACUCCUACGCCUCUCCCUUCUCCCGCACCCGAGACCAGAUCCCCCUGCUCUACGCCCGACCAAGCCUUCUGCGCCCAGAUCCCGUGCAAACUACGCCUCUCUUGCAUGCCUGCGCGCAAUCAUGGACUCUUGCACCCCACAUUCAUGCGCUCCUACACCCCUCUGCACACCGAGCCCGCCCCCCUCUUCUGCACACCAAGCCUACGCCCAAUCCCGCGCCUCUGCCUCAUACUCGCUACAGCCAUGCCCCUGCCUCACCUACAGAGAAAACACCACAUACCACCACAUACCAGACAAAAUCGACAUCAUUAGUGAUUGACGGAGCAAGUUUUUUUAUUUAUUUCAUUAUAUUUUAUUUAUUGUUUUGGGUAUAUAUAUAGAAAAAAUCAGAUGAGGAGGCGAGUCUUGGAUUGAUUUUGGAGUUUGAUUUUGGGGGUCUUUUGGGUGGUUGAUUUUCGAGUUUAGUUUGAGUCUCCGUCUGGGUUCUUUUAAAAAAGAAAAAAAGAAAAAAAAAAAGGAAGAAUCCAAGAGAGGAGGAGAAAGGAGGGAGAUUUCGAAGAGGGGAGGGCUGGUUUUCUUUGAGGAGGUUGGUUGUCGAGAGCACCGCCUCCGUCGCUAGUGUUGAAGGGCUGGUUCGAGAUUGAUGAUAUGGGAGAGGGCAACAGCAGCUUAAGGAGAAGGAAACAUUUUCUGGUUUUGUUUAGGUAAUUCCCUAAACAGAGGAAUUUUUGGGAAGGAUGGUGAGGGAGACGAAUGGAGCUUGAUCCCGUGGGUGGGAUUCCUCCUUCCGAUCCGGAUCUGUCUUCUCCCAAAAAAAUUUUGCCUUGUUUGUUGCAAUUUUUCUGAGAUUUCGAUGUAUUAGGACUGUAUUUGAUGAUGAUAUUGUGAAUGUAAAAAAAAUCAAACAUGUUCUGGUUG